AGCUUUUAUUUUCACGGUUGCAUGAUCUGUAACUUAGUUGCUCUUCACAAGAAUUUAAAUGCUUUAGUUUCAACUAACAUUCAUUCGCUCAUUCUAGACAGUGCCUAUGUCUGAUAACGAAUCUUCGGCAUCGUUGACUAUGGCGAACAACGUUACUACAAUUGGACUAUGCGUCGCAGGCGCUGUCGUCCUUGCAUCGACUGCAUUCGUCAUCAAGAUAUUCUUGUUUCCCAAAAAGACCAAGAAAGCUCCGGUGCUGCUCAAGGAAAAGACAGUUAAGCACGCUGUAGUCCUUGUAGACAAGGAAGAGCUGAGCUCGGAUACGAGAAGGUUUAGAUUUAAGUUACCUUCGGGACAUUCUCUGGGUCUUCCCAUUGGCUAUCACUGCUACUUAUCAGCCAGGAUCGGUGGCGACUUGGUUGUCCGACCUUACACUCCUGUUUCGAGUGAGCGAGAUCUUGGGUUUUUCGACCUCGUGAUCAAAGUGUACAAGGCAGGUGUCAACCCUAGAUUUCCAGAGGGAGGAAAAUUGUCCCAAUACCUCGACAAUUUGGUGAUAGGAGAUGCAAUUGAUGUGCGAGGUCCAGGCGGUCUGUUGGAGUACGAAGGCAGAUGCCAUUAUGCUAUCAAACCCGAUAAACAGAGCCCGCCGCAAAGAUUCUUCUAUCGACGAAUUGGAAUGAUUGCUGGAGGAACCGGGAUCACUCCUAUGCUACAGCUGGUGAGAGAAAUGUUCUAUGACAAGCAAGACAACACACAUAUCUCUAUGAUCUUCGCGAAUCAGUCACCCAAUGACAUUCUCCUACGAGGCGAAAUUGAUGACAUGGCCCUGGAGCAGCCGAAUCGAUUCAAGAGGUGGUAUACAGUUGACAGAGAUGCGCCCGAAGACUGGGAAUUCGACACUGGAUUCGUAUCGGAACAGAUGAUGAAAGACCACCUGCCUCCACCUGGAGAUGAUGUGCUGAUUGUGAUGUGUGGACCUCCACCCAUGAUCACAGCGUGCACUAAAAACCUGGAAAAUAUCGGCUACAAGAAUAUAUUCCCUUACUAAAGUGAAGCACGAUACGCUGUUUUACCAGCAAUUUGAUGCCUUGGAUUAAAGCAAAGGUAUUUGCACAAACUCGUUUAUGGUGCAACUAAAAGAUUAAAAAUAUAUUACUUAUCAUGAUUCAAAAGAAAUUUACGCAACGCUCAAACAUCAGCCAUGAAAGUGAACAAAUACAACACUUUUCUAAACUGAGUUGCAACCUGUUAUCGUGGCCAUGGGUAUUUCUGCAGUCCUCUUUGGCUUGGAUAGCACUGUUUGAUUUAUAGCGACUUCCUGUUCAAUUGUUUGAAAUAGUAUGAAGUUGGUUUUUGCCUUGGAUUUAAUUGAGCUGUUUGGUCUAAAAAUAUAAUAUUGUAAAUACCUCAAAAUCUGUUUUUCUGAAGAUUCAUUUGUUAAUUGUUUGAUACUUGAAAAAAUUAGUGAUUGUUAUCGGUGCAAUGGCCUCUAUCGGCGGGAAUGGCACUUGAAUUAACAGAUUGAAAAAACCCCUUUAUCUUAAA